GUUUGGUCAUCGAUCCACGCCUGGAUAGUUACAAGGCCGAGGUUAGUGAACUCGUCAAGGUAAGCUGGGGAGUGCAGGACAGGUUUUAAAAGACAGUCAGUUUGAAGGGUCUGACAUAAAACGUUCACAUAAUGAGCGCGGUUCAGUAUGUGUUCAUGACUUUGGCAGUGGCCUUUGCAGUUUUUCUCGGAUACCAGGUCCGCCUGAACACCGACAAGCCAGACAUGACCACGCGAGUCAUCCGUGAUAUGUCACCGGACAAGGAAUUGGUCAAACACUCCGAAGAAUUCCAGAAAAAGGAAAUAAGGAAGGUUACGGACAGUAUUUACAUGGGAAUUGGCUAUGCUCUGGGAAAUUCCAUCAUGGUGAUUGCUCCAGAUGGACUCAUAAUAGUUGACGUCACUGAAAGUAGUCUCGCAGGAAAAGAGAUUUUAGUGGAGUUUCGAAAAAUUACCCAGAAGCCUAUUAAAGCAAUUAUAUACACUCAUCACCACACGGAUCAUAUUGGUGGCGUGGGGGCCUUUAUUGAAGACCCACUCAACUUGCCCGACAUUUGGGCACACGAAUAUCUUCCCCUUGAGAUUCGGAAGUUUCACACUACCGCUUACGGAGCGAAGUUUAAGCGUUCAUUGCGUCAGUUUGGUUCAUUUGUGACAAAAGGAAAAUAUCAGAAUGCUGGAAUAGGAAUACAGCUGAACUAUGGGAAAGACAAAGAUUCGAUGGGAAUCGUACUUCCCAAUAAACUCCUGAAGGAAAUGGAAUUAGACACAAACAUUGCAGGGCUAGACGUUCGCCUCAUGAAAAUUCCAGGAGAAACAAGUGAUCAAAUUGGCCUUUGGGUCCCAUCCUUAAAAGCGUUCAUGUGUGCUGACGAUGUUUACAGAGCAUUUCCAAACAUUUAUACUAUUCGGGGAGCCCCAGCUAGAGAUCCAGUUGACUGGUACACUUCAGUGCAAAGAAUGUUAGAUUUGGAACCAGAGUAUCUCGUUCCUAGUCAUACUCAGCCAAUAAUAGGCAAGGAAAACGUUCGAGGUGUUCUAGAGGUGUAUAGAGAUGGUAUUCAGUUUGUUCAUGAUCAAGCUGUCAGAUUCAUCAACAAAGGCUACUCUCCUGAUGACGUGGUGAAACAUGUGACCAUGCCUGACAAACUCCGUUUGCAUCCUCACUUGAGAGAAUUUUAUGGCACUGUGCCAUGGUCAGUUAAAGGAGUAUUUCAGCUCUAUCUUGGUUGGUUCAGUGGCGAUCCUAUAGACCUCUUUCCUUUGUCCACUACCGACAGAGCUAAACGCAUGGUCGCGCUUGCAGGUGGCGUUCUCGAGGCCAUGAGCAUGGCAGUCAAAGCAUGGAAUGACAAUGAUAUACAGUGGGCUUUAGAGCUAGCUUCCUCCAUCUUGAUUGUUGACGACAGAAAUGCGGAGGCCAGAAAAUUAAAAAUAGACUGUCUCACUCUUCUGGGCAUACGAAACAUAAAUGCCAUUGCUAGCAACUACUACUUAACAAGUGCACUGGAAACUUCAGGCAGUCUAAGCAUAGAAUUAAACGACAAACAUCGCGAGGAAAUUAUCACAGCACUCGGGAUACAAGAAUUACUUGAACUUGUAUCUACUAUGUAUAAAUACGAAGACUGCGGAGGUCGUUCCGAUGUUGUGGUAUUUAUAGUCAAAGACAAGAACCAGCAUUUCACCAUACAGCUUCGUAACUACGUGGCUAUCGUUAGAAAUGACAUUACCCCUAAACAAUACGAUGUGCAAGUGAUUGCUACAGAGAAGGCCUUGAAGAAAAUGAUGAUUGAAAGAAUUGAAAACAUACAGUUAAAAGAUCUCAAGGAUUUCAGUCUUGAAGGUAGUGAGGGAAAAUUCAGAAGUUUCAUGACUUGUUUCGAAUCUGAUUGGAACAAAUAAUUUGCAGUGUACAUAAAAUCAUGCCUGUUUUGUACUUCUAUAUUGUUGACAAAUAGCUAUUAAAAUUAGUUUAGAA